CGAUUUAGUUAGCUCUCACAAACCCUGGAGAAAUCGGAUUUGAUACUCUCUUAAAUCUUCGGAAAUUGCAUAGAAAGAAGGAUGGUGGAAAUUAUUGAGUUGGAGCAAGGAUGGUCCGUGAUGCAGGUCGGUGUUAGGAAGCUCACAAGGAUCCUUGAAGGAGAGCCUGAGUCACCCUUUGAGGCUGAAGCAUAUAUGCGUCUUUACACGACUUCCUACAACAUGUGUAUUCAGAAACCUCCCAACGAUUACUCUCAGGACCUUUACGAUAGGUACCGUAAAGUCUUUGAAGACUAUUCUAAGCAAACGGUGUUGCCCGCUUUGAAAGGGAAGCAUGAUGAAUACAUGCUCAAAGAGUUUGCUCUGAGAUGGGCAAAUAACAAAGUGAUGGUUAGAUGGCUGUCGCGCUUCUUCUGCUACAUCGACCGCUACUACGUCGCAAGGAGGUCCCUUUCCUCACUGACUGAUGUUGGCCUCAUAUGCUUCCGCGACCUCGUUUACACGGAGUUGCAGUCCAGCGCCAAAGACUCUGUUUUAGCACUCAUUCACAAGGAACGGGAGGGCGAGCAGAUUGAUAGGGCGCUGCUGAAGAACGUGAUAGAUAUCUAUGUUCAGAACGGGAUGCAGACGAUGGAAAAAUACGAAGCGGAUUUGGAGAAGUUCUUGCUCCAAGACUCUACGUCUUACUACUCUCGCAAGGCCUCGAGCUGGAUCCAGGAGUAUUCUUGCCCUGAGUACAUGGUCAAGGCCGAGGAGUGCCUUAAGAAGGAGAAGGAGCGAGUCGCCUACUACCUCCACGCGAGCACCGAGCCCAAGCUAGUAGCGAUUGUACAAGCCGAGUUGUUGGUAGCGGUUGCGAAACAGCUCCUGGAGAAAGAGCACUCGGGGUGCAGUGCGUUGCUGAGAGACGACAAGAUGGAUGAUCUCUCGAGGAUGUACAGGCUCUAUGAGCCAAUCCCUAAAGGCUUGGAACCUGUCGCGGACGCUUUCAAGAACCAUAUCACUGCAGAGGGUAACGCUCUCAUCAAGCAAGCCGAAGAUGCAGCUGCUAGUGGUGGCGUGCAGGAGCAGGUGCUGUUCAGAAGCAUAAUCGAGCUGCACGAUAAAUACAUGGUCUAUGUGAAAGAGUGUUUUCUGAGGCACUCCCUCUUCUUUAAGGCCUUGAAAGAGGCUUUUGAAAUCUUCUGUAACAAGAAAGUGGGUGCAAGUUCCAGCGCGGAAUUGCUUGCAGCGUUUUGCGACAAUCUCCUCAGGAAGGGAUCAUUAGGAGCUGAGAAGCUGAGUGAAGACGCUGUCGACAAGAUGCUCGAAAAUGCUGUUCAGUUGCUUGCGUAUAUAUGUGACAAGGAUCUCUUCGCCGAGUUUUACAGGAAGAAGCUAGCCCGUAGGCUCUUAUUCGAUCGUAAAGAUAAUGAAGGACAGCCUGAAAAAAAUGUACUUGCAAAGCUCAAAGAAGUUUACGGUUUGCAAUUUACUUCUAAGAUGGAGGGCAUGUUGACGGAUAUGACAUUGUCAAAAGAACUAAAGGACAACUUCGGUACUCACCUAAUCAAACACACUCUGAGACAAGUGGGGUAUGAUUUCACCGUCACUGUUCUCACCACCGGAUUUUGGCCAAGUUACAAAACAUCCGACAUCAAUUUACCCAGUGAAAUGGUCAAUGGUAUUGAAACUUUCAAGGCAUUUUAUGAUGAGGAUCACAAGCAUAGGAGACUUAUGUGGAUUUAUUCGCUGGGAACUUGUCAUGUUAAUGGAAGAUUUGAUUCAAAACCAGUCGAGUUAGUUGUUUCAACCUACCAGACUGCUGUGCUUUUGCUCUUCAACAAUUCAGACAGAUUAACCUUCCAGGAGAUCGUUGAACAACUUAACCUUAGCCCGGAAGAUGUUACCAGGCUGCUUCUUUCACUCUCAUGCGCAAAGUACAAGAUUCUUAAAAAGGAACCCGUCUCUAAAACCAUCUCUAAAGAUGAUUCUUUCGAAUUCAACUCCAAGUUCACCGAUAAAAUGCGGAGAAUCAAGAUACCUCUUCCUCCUGUGGAUGAGCGGAAGAAAAUAGUUGAAGAUGUUGAUAAAGAUAGACGUUAUGCUAUUGAUGCUGCUCUUGUGCGGAUUAUGAAGAGCAGAAAAGUCUUGCCCCAUCAGCAGCUAGUCUCGGAAUGCGUUGAGCUCCUUAGCAAAAUGUUCAAGCCUGACAUAAAGAUGAUUAAAAAACGGAUUGAAGACUUGAUCACCCGAGACUAUUUGAUGAGAGACAGCGACAACCCCAACACUUUCAAGUACAUCGCUUAGUUAACAAACAGUGCAUAGAGAGAGGAUGAGGGGAAAAGAAGUGUUAUAGUUUUCGGAUUGUGUAAAGGUUUCUUUACCUUUUUCUCCCGAAUAAUUGGAUGCAUUUGUGUUAGAUUACUCUCUUUUUUUCAGAAAUAUUUUAAUUUCAGAAUUUUCUUGGAAA